AUGUACCCCCCCGCGACCCCCGAAAUGCAAGGCCACCACCUAAUCACCCAAAUCCUCAACUACCAAUUAACCCACGGCAUGCAUCUCAAACACAUCAACCUUGCCCAACCCUCCCACAGCACAUCCAGCUACCCCAUCUCCACGAGCAUCUUCCCCACCCCCUUCCCCAGGGCCCUGUUCCACGACGCGCAACAUACCCUCCAACCAAUCUACAACGAACUAUACGCCCGUCUCUCAGACAACGAGCCCUGGCUCUAUGAGAAAGUCAUCAGGCCUCUUCUCCCUGUCGAUCCCUUUGCCAGGAUAUUAUGGGAGAUUCAUAUUCGGAUAACGAAUGAGGGAGAAGGAGGGGGAUACGGGUCAGAUGUAUCAAUGGGGUUGUUUCGGUCGGAUUACAUGCUUCAUAGUGAAAAUGCGAAGCAUGGGCUGCAAUUGAAACAAGUCGAAUUCAACACCAUCGCGUGCGCGGGAGGCUGUCAUGCGAAUAAAGUGGUGGAUAUGCAUCGGUAUUUGACGAGGACGGGAGUUUAUAUAUCUUUAUCAGAUGCGAACGAGGGAAAAGGGGAGAGUCCGAUUACGCUGUCAUCGUUACCUACGAAUGGGAAUAUCAAAGGCCUGGCUGAUUCUCUCGCGGUGGCGCAUGGUAUGUAUGGCCCGGCUAGGUGCAGUCUCGCUGCUGAGGCAGGGGUGCUUUUCAUAGUCCAGCCGAACAACUUCAACGUUGCUGAUGAACUGCCUAUUGAAUAUGCACUCUGGAAUAGGGAUAUUCCUGUCCCGACGUAUAGGGUUGAGUGGGGGGAUGAUGUGCUGGAAAGGACUUGUCUUAGCAAUACGCGGGAAUUGCUGUUUUAUCCGCAUUUGCAAGGUGAAGGUAGCAGAGGGAAAGGACAGCCGGUGGAAAUAUCAGUCGUGUAUUUCCGUGCGGGGCUCGAAGUGCACGAGUAUGAUGCCACGGGGAUAGAAUGUCGAGUCAGGCUUGAGCAGUCGCGGGCUAUCAAGUGUCCGUCGUUGCUGGGACAUAUAUUAACGUUUAAGAAAGUGCAGCAAGUUCUUAUGGGUCCGGGGGUGUUGGAGAGGUUUCUUGAUACUGAAGAGAAAGUGUCGGUUAUUAGAGAUACAUUUGUGUCUAUGUACCCGAUGGACGGUGAUUCUGAGGAAGGACGCUAUGCGCGCAGGCUAGCGACGAAUCCUGAUACCGCGUGGAAGUAUAUUUUGAAACCGUCGUUGGAAGGCGGGGGGCAUAAUAUCUACGGGGAGGAUAUCCCGGGGUUUCUGUUGGGAAUGAGUUCGGAAUCCGAAUGGGGUAGGUAUGUGUUGAUGGAGAGGAUUAGGUCGCCUGUUGUGGGGAAUGUGCUGAUGUCGCGGGAAGGGGUGGAGGAAUCGGAUGUGAUUUCGGAAGUGGGGGUGUUUGGGCUGUGUAUUUGGAAGAAGGGGGAGAUUUUGAGAAAUGAAACUGUGGGCUGGUCGUUAAAGACGAAGUUUGCGGAUGUGGAUGAGAUGAGUGUGGUCAAGGGGUUUGGGUGCUUUGAUACGCCGUUGUUGGUUUGA